AUGCCUCAAUAUGCUAAAUUUUUGAAGGAGAUCAUCACUAGUAAGAGGAGAUGGGAGGAUGACCAAACUGUAUCAUUGACUGAAAAGUGCACUUCAAUCAUUACCAGCAAGAUGCCUGCCAAAUUGAAAGACCCAGGGAGUUUUACAAUUCCAUGUGUUGUUGGUAGCAUCGAGUUUCCUAAUUGUUUGUAUGAUUUAGGUGCUAGCAUUAAUUUGAUGCCUUUGUCUAUUUUUAGGAAACUUGGUCUUGGAGAAGUGAAACCUACCUUGAUGACUUUGCAGCUGGCAGAUCAUUCCAUCAAGAAACCUCAUGGCGUGGUUGAGGAUGUACAUGUGAAAGUGGACAAGUUCAUAUUUCCUAUGGACUUUGUUGUGCUAGAUUUUGAGGAGGAUCGGAAGGCUUUGGUUGACAUGUAUGAAGGGAAACUGAUCCUUCGAAUUGGUGAUGACAAAGUGGAGUUUAACAUGUCCAAGGCUAUGAAGCAUCCUAUGGAGGAAGAACUUUGUAUGAGAAUUGAUGUGAUCGAUUCAUGUGUGAAAGAAGUAUGCCAAGUUAGUGAGGUAGAACAAGACUUUGAAGAUGAUGCAACGGAUGGCAAUACUUGUGACACUGAACCUUUUGCUAAACCUGAAUUACUAGUAAGAAGUGUUAACCCCACUCCUCCUUCUAUUGAGCAGCCACCUAAGCUUGACUUGAAACUUUUACCAUCACAUUUGAGAUUUGGACUGCAUCGAUGUCAAAAUCAUGCCCGAAGACCAAUUCGCAGAGAAGCCCCAGUUCGCUGGAGAAGACCAGCCCAAUUCAGCAUGCAGUAG